AUGGGACGUAAAAAGAAGAAGGCUACAAAGCCCUGGUGCUGGUAUUGUAAUCGUGACUUUGAUGAAGAAAAAAUAUUAAUCCAGCAUCAGAAGGCCAAACAUUUCAAAUGUCCUAUUUGUCACAAGAAGUUAUACACAGGCCCAGGGUUGGCAAUCCACUGCAUGCAAGUUCACAAAGAAACUAUAAGUACUAUUCCCAACUCUGUACCAAACAGAGGAGACCCAGAAAUAGAGAUCUAUGGCAUGGAGGGUAUUCCAGAGAAAGACUUGAAAGAACGUCAACAGAAGGGGGGAAAUGCUGGUGAUGAUGAUGAACCAGAGAAAAAGAAAGCCAAGACUGAGAAUCAGCCACAAACUUCAGCAAUGCCUGCAGCUGUACCUGGGGCCAUACCAAUGAUGCCUAUGAUGCCUGUGCCAGGAAUGCCAGUUCCUCCAGGCUUCCCUCAAAUGCCCUUUGUUCAGCCAAUGCCAGGUGCACCACACAUGCCACCUGUUGCAUUUCCAGGUCAGCUUCCUGUUCACAUGCAGAUUCCUGGCAUGCCAAUCCCACCACACGGAGUGCCCCCAAACACUGUCCCACCAACCAGCACAGCUACUGCCCCUGGUCAACCUCAACUUCAAAAAGGUCCUGUUAUUGGGCCUCAGGUACCCAAUACCAAACCCCUCUUCCCUGCUGCACAGAAUGUAAAUGGAGCUGCAAAAUCCAGUGCUUCAUCUGGCCCUGUGGGUGCUGACUUCAAACCACUUCUUUCAACGGCCACAGCCACAAGUUAUCAAAGCCCACCAGUCACAUCAACUGGUAAACCAGUUGUACCACCUCCUACUUCUGCUCCUGUUGUUACCAAGCCUGCUACCAUAGUUGCACCAGGAGCAACAAGCCGUUUGGUUCAUCCUGAUGAAGAUAUUUCACUGGAAGAACGACGGGCAUCGCAUCCUAAAUAUGCACCAAAGACACCCAGUCUCCCAUCAUCUAACCCUGUUACUAUGGUUAGUGCCCCUCCUAUGCAGAUGCAGGCACCUGGAAGUCAUCCAAGCAUUGCUCCAAUGCCUCUGAUGGCCAACUUGCCACAACCCCCUAUUUCCAUGUCAUCAGCACCCACAGGGCCACCACAAGGAGGGCCUUCUCAGGGAGGACCUAUACAUGGAGGGCCAGGAGGACCCAUUCCCAGGGGCCCUGGAAUGGGCCCACCUGGAAUGCGGCCACCUGGAUUUCCACCCCACAUGCCUGGGCCACCACCACAUCAACAAGGAAUGCCACCAGGGAUGCCACCAAGGCUUGGUCCACCUGGCAACUUCUCAGGACCACCAUCUCUCAUGGGGGCACCUCCUGGCCCAGGAGGGCCUCCUCGUGGACCUCCCCCAAGAGGAGGACCAGGACUUCUUGGGCCACACCCUGGCGGUAGGCCACCUAUGAGAUUACCUAUGGGUGCACCUAGACGAUUUUAAGAUUGUAAAAUUAAUUCAACUAGGGUUUUUCAGAAAUGCCAGAUAAAUGUUUCAUCUGAGGGAUAGCUGCAUGGCAUAUCAUACUACUUGUUGUUUUUGUAUAGUUAUUCAUUCAUAUAGUUAGUCAUUUUCUGACCCCAUGCUUACGUUAUCAAGACUCAGAUGUUGAAAGCAUUGCCUGCAGUCAUUUUUUUCUGAUUUACCAAGUAGGACACAAAUCAAAUUAUCAGCAUGUGUUCCAAUUUAAUUAUUUCACUUGAAUUGGUGUCUAUUGUUCUGGAGUGGUCACAAGGUGAGUCUAUUUUUACGUAAGUAAAUUAUAACAGAUUUCUUUGCUGUAGUUUAUUGAGCAUCAAUGCACAUUCAGAAAUUAAAAGAGACAGCAGUAAAAUCUGAAACAAAGGAAAAGGAUUUUAUGUUUCUAAAACUAACAGAGCUGUGUUAAACUAAACAAGUGGAGCUUCACUUUUAUUGUUUCCUUUUUCAUCUGGCAUUUCUGUUAAAUUCUUAUUGAGCACAGUAAAAUAUUUUUUCCAUGUAUCCUCUUUUGAUAUGAAACAUUUUCUCUCCUAAGAAUGCUUUGUAAUGAUCCAAAUUAUUAUCUCUCAGAAUGUAGAGUAGAUAUAAUGAAAUGUUGUUUAUUUACAUUGUUAAUUAAACUUUGCUCUCAGAUUCUGUACAAAAAGGUAGGUGCAAUAAAGGAUUUUAAAAUAUC